AUGGAUUCGGAGCCACAAGUAAAUAUUCUUUGCUCAGUUCCAGGGUUUGCGGUGCCUGAUCCAGACCGUGUCAAUGAAAAGGUUACCUCCAGUAAUACGAUCUUUAACUGGGGUGGUGUGAAGAUAGCAAAGAUAUCUUCUGAUGUUGUUGUGAAAUUCGGAUCCCAUGUCACACCCAGCGAGGCGAAGAAUAUGAUAUUUGUCGAGCAAAACACGGAAGCUAUACCGGUACCAAAAGUCUUUGCCUGCUACUCGUACGGUCCACUAUACCGGGAUAUCGAAGACUACGGCAGCCUGUUCGAUACCUAUAUAUUUAUGAGCUAUGUCGAGGGUCAAAGCCUAGAUAAAGUUUGGGAGACUUAUGAUGAUCUUACGAAAAGUUAUAUUACUAGUCAACUGAAAGGGUACUUCAGCCAGCUUCGCCAAAUUAACGACGGGAACUACAUCGGUUCGGCUGGUCUUGGCCCCGUUACUGAUCCAAUUUUGGAAAGUCAUCACACUAAGGGGCCGUUUGAUAACGAAGAAGAUUUUAAUAAUACAAUUAUCGAGGCAUAUCAAUCAAAGGCACCAAAACGUCAUAUCAGGACUUUCUUGGCCGGUAUGCUUUCACAGAAGCGUCACAGAAUUGUGUUUACCCAUGGAGACCUACGCCUUCAGAAUAUUAUGGUCCACGACGGACAUGUCAGUGGGAUUUUGGACUGGGAAUUUAGUGGCUGGUAUCCAGAAUACUGGGAGUUCUCGAAAGCUCUUUAUGUUUGGAAGUGGCAAAAUGAUUGGAUUGACUACCUGGUACGGGUUCUUCAACCCUACUAUUCCGAAUAUGCAGUCCAUUCUUUUUUGACUGAAACACUUUGGUGA